GUUCAUUUCAGACAAACAUCGCGUUAUUACAAUUGUGUUAGUCGAAGUACAUGCAGGCGAAUGCACCUACACUUUGCCUUCCAUCAUUCGCGGAUCAAAGCAUCUAAUGGCAGCGCUGUAAUUGAUGAUGACCACCUCCACGGCCAUUGUGUUUGCUGCACGCCACGUCACCGCCAAGUGGAUCCAGUGGAUUUUUUCUCCAUAAAAAAAGACAAUGGACUCUCGCCCUUAAAUUCUCGUCCGUCUCAUUUUGCAAAAGUUUGCAAUCGCCCAGCAAAAUUGGCCAAUCAAGUUUUAUGUGUUCCUUUUCAGGUCAACUGUACACAAUUAUGUCUUUUUUCUGGUCGUUCUGGGCGCUAGAGGAGGAUCAAGCCCAUAGGUUCAUUGCCCAAUUCGGCGACUCGCCGUCAGUACCUCCUCGAUCACCAUGAAGGCGCUGCGUGCUGCCGUGUCCGGCUCGCGUGUGCGCUUCAUGCAGGACGGGUUCGACCUGGACCUCACGUACAUCACGCCCAAGCUCAUUGCUAUGGGCUACCCAGCCUCGGGCGUCGAGAAGACGUACCGUAAUGACAUCAAUGAGGUCGCGAACUUCCUCAACUCACGACACCCGAACGCCUACCGCGUCUACAAUCUGAGCGAGCGCUCGUACGACUACAGCAAGUUCGAAGGACGUGUUAGUGAAUGUGGCUUCCCAGACCACCAUCCGCCGCCUCUACAGCUUCUAUUGGACAUUAUGAACGACAUGAUCGAGUGGGUGGCCAAAAGUCCCAAACACGUCAUUGUGGUGCAUUGUUUGGCCGGAAAAGGCCGCACAGGCGUCGUGUGCUCGUGUUAUUUGCUACUUACGGGCUACUACGGCAGCGUCUUUAAGUUGCGCAAGGAGCGAGAGCUCCGAGAGCUGGCCAACUCGAGUAUCCGCGACUUCUGGAACGCUCGAGGCCAAGGUGUGCGCUUCCCCAGUCAAGCACUGUAUAUUUAUUACUUUAUCAAAGUGCUACGUCGACUGGGGCGUAUGCCCGCGCAGAUCCCGCCACUGCGACCGGCCAAGAAGAUGUUGCUUAGGAGUAUUGUACUCAAUGGAGUGCCCGACUUUGAGGCCCCACCGAGAGGAGGAUGCACCCCAUUUCUACAGGUUUUGCCGGCGCCGUCGCAACACUAUCAGCCGCAUUUGCUCUACAAUAGCUCGUGGCAAAGACCCAAAUUCGAGACGUACAUGGCGGACCCAAACGGAUCGAUCAUGUUUGAGGUGAACGCAGAGGUGCAGGGCGACGUGAUGGUGAGGUGUUUCCAUGCCAACACGACCAACAUUUUGGGCAAACACAUGGUCAAGAUGUUCCAUUUCACAUUCAACACCGACUUUUUCCACAAUUACAGCAACUUGUAUCGCCUUCCGAAGGUCGAAGUGGAUGAGGCCACCGGUAAUCAACGCUAUCCGGAUAAUUUCCAGGUGGUCUGUUACGUGGAGAUGCUGGAUUCGAAUGGAAAUCCGUUCCCCCCAAAAUCUUCUUCUUCGUCUUCGGUUUUGCAGUCAGACAGCAGUAGCAGCAUUCGUGACGAUGAAGGUGAGCAGAAUCGGACGGUGCGACCGCAGUCAGCGCCACAACCGCGUCGUAUGACGGUGCCGUCUCAGCCCUACUAUGAUAAGCAGAUCCAACGUCAAGCGUCAUUGAGACCGGAGGAAUCGACACCUACCAUGCAGGGCUGGCUGUAUAAACAGGGAGGUUUCGUCAAGAACUGGAAGAAGCGAUGGUUUGUGGCGCGCGAGGGAAAGAUGAUGUAUUACCAUGGAAUGUCGGACGCUACGCCUCUCGGUGUUGUAAAUUUGCGGCGUAUUACUGUGGAGAUAUGUGAACCUCAUGAGGUGAACGCAAGGAACAAGUGCUUGCACUUCUUCAAGGUGGUUCCUCCUAGUGCUGGUCAGCGCACAUAUUAUUUCGGUGCUCAGUCUGAACAGGACUUGGUGGGAUGGAUUCACGUGCUUGGUGCCCAGUCUGCGUAUGGUAUCAUCAACGGCACGUUGCAACGGAGGCCUUCUAUGCCACGUAACAACACUUUCGCUACGCGUGCGUCGUACCAACAGGAAUACCAUACACACAAUCGUGGCGCUGAUCGGCGACGUCCCAGUAGUGACGGUACGCAAAACUACCAUCUGAGCGACACAAGGUCUUCGCUGCCAGCAAUGGCGAUGUCUGCACCGUCAUCGGCGUUUAGUACACUGCACGACGUACGCCCAUCGACGCAGCUUAGUGCCACAGAACUUGCGUUCGAACUCACACCAAGUGAGGCCAGCCACUUUCCAGAACCAUCAGUAGUUGGCGCACCAACGUCAAAUAAUGCAGGAAGACGUGAAGGCAUGCCCAGCAAUUUUUCUGCGGCUGCGCAACGUGCGUUAGACAUGCGCUCGUUGUCGUUCACUGACAACGACGACCAGGAAGGUGACAGGUUGUCGUCGACGUCAGCGUCUGCCUUGCCACAGUGCGUACCAGCCGAACCUGUGGCCGAUUUGACUAAUACGCUAUCGGCGCGAGAACAAGCGUCGCUGUUGCAAGAAGUCAAUGGAUUUGAGGCUGGAAUCUACAUUUACUCAGCAGACGAAUUGCAGGAGGCUGCACUGCUGCAAAAGUAUAUGCGGGAGACACGAGGUGCAAGUGGUCGUGAUCCGGAUCCUGACCCGGAUCCGGCGCUAACAGCCGCGAACGGACUCAAGGCCUUGCCCCCGGGCUCACUGAGUCGUCAGCUUCACCAAUAUGUGAUGCAAAGACGCAUGGGUGACGCUGAGCAAUUGCUGACGGAGCUUGUAUUGACGAAGUUCCCGAGACUCAUCGAUGCGAUGGACCACGACCCGCUGGCGUUUACUCAACUAAUCGCCGGUGGAGAUAUUUCAGUAGCGAGCCACCGACUGCAAGACCAGGAAGACGUGACUGCACCCGCAGUUAGGCAGGACUCAAAUGGAAAUCGUCGGGCUGUCUUUUUCUAGAACUGUGUAUUUGGUUACAGUACUACGGAAAAGUUUACCGAUUUUAUUGAUGAUUCAGCGAUAUCCCUUGCUGCAUUUUGUGCAAGUAUCAACAUUUUUCUUUUGUCUUCUUACCAAUUUCGUCC